AUGAGUUCUUAUGCAUACUUGUUUAAAUUUAUUAUUAUUGGAGACUCAAGUGUUGGAAAAUCAUGCUUGCUUUUAUAAUUUUUGGAUAGGAAGUUUAAGUUGGAUCAUGAUACUACAAUAGGAGUUGAGUUUGGAAGCAAGACUUUGAACAUUAGGUAAAAGAACAUAAAACUAUAAAUUUGGGAUACUGCUGGACAAGAGAGUUUUAAAUCAAUUACUAGAUCAUAUUAUAGAGGAUCAAUCUGCGCAUUAAUUGUGUAUGAUGUGACUAGCAGAGACAGUUUUGAGAAUAUCAGUAGAUGGAUGGAAGAAACAAAAAGCUAUGCAAACGAUAAAAUCACACUAGUGUUGGUUGCUAAUAAAACUGAUUUAUCAGACAAGAGAGUGAUAUCAGCUGAGGAAGGACAAACAUUCGCCAAAAAGCAUGAUUUGAUUUUUGUUGAGGCAUCUGCAAAAACAGGAUUUCAAGUUGAUAAAAUAUUCUAAGAAGCUGCUGAGGCUGUCCUUAAAAAAAUAGAGCAGAGAGACAUUGAUGCUACAAAUGAGUCUAUUGGUGUACGUAUUGGAUCAUAAAUGACUGAAGAAAUGAUUGAAAAAUAAAAAGAGUAAAAGGCAUCAAAAUGCUGUUGA